GUCGGGAGUGAGUGAGACGGGCAGCGGCCCUCGGGAGCGAGCCGAAAGAGUGGAGUGGGUUUGUUCAGAGUUGCCGUCUUCAGGAGCGUCGAUAUAACAUCCGGCGCUGUAUACAAAGCGGCAAAAUAGGUUUGCCAACAUAAGCACGUCACGGUGAAUAACAAGAUAAACUACAGCGACGGCUUUAGUGGAUUACCUGAGUGAACACAUUUGUGACAGUGGAAGUAGGAAAAGAACUGACUUACAAGGAAGACGCACGAGCCGUUCUGAGCGCAGAAAAAAAAAUACUGCAGCGUCUCGAAUCAUUCAUGCACCGGAUCUCGUGGUUUUGGACCGUAUAGUAGAAGUGAACUCACCAUUAAGUGUCCCUCCUAAGCCUUGCUGGAGACUGUGAGCGGGUGCCAGGACUAAUGACAAUAACCGUAAUACAGUGAAUCCCGCGAAGAGCGGAUAUUUGCAAAACAGGAUCUAUCCCAAAGCACCAGGCCUGCAGAAGAAGUAAGAACAGAACUGUCCGCGAGUAGGUCUUGUAUGUGGCUACGGGGACUGUCUCGGACGGUGCUGCAAAUCAUUCUAAGAGUCUCCAAAAAGCUAGGACCCCACGGCGGCUGAUUGGCCGGCGGCGGCGAUGUGGACCCCAGCAUGGGUCAGCUACAGACCCGCGGCUCCCAGUGGAACGACCCGGCCGGCGCGCUCGACCAGGUCAUCUCACAGUCGCACGAGGAGGGACAGUGUCUGCUCUACAAACUCGCCAACUACAAAAAGGGUGGAGAGCUGAUGGACGCGUACCGUCUCGGCGGCGGCCGGGAGGUGGAGCGGCUCAUCCUCGACCAGUUCGCCGUGUUCAUGUACAACGACGGCCGAGGAAAGGAGAUCACCCGCACCGAGUACCUCAAGUGGAAACUGCGCGGCAGGACGCGAGACGAGUAUGCACUCAACAUGGAGCCGGGUGUCAAGAGCCGCUUCGACCCGCUCAACUUCUGGCAAGACCACGAGGCCUGCUGGCAGAUGCAGUACCGCGGCAACCUGGGGGAGACGCUGCUGCACGUGCUCAUCAUCUGCAACACACGCACCCACACCCGCAUCGCCAAAAUCCUGCUCAAGUGCUUCCCCAAACUGGCUGUGGACGUGGUCGAGGGCCAGGAGUAUCUAGGUGCCAGUUGUCUUCAUUUAGCGAUAGCAUACAAUAACAACGAACUUGCGACGCAGCUCAUUGAAUGCAACGCAAAAGUCGACCAACGGGCAAUAGGGAGUUUCUUCCUUCCCAAAGACCAGCAGCGGGAGGUGCCUCGCACCCAGACCGACUACGAGGGCCUUGCUUAUCUGGGUGAGACGCUACUCAACUGGGCCGCCUGCUGCAACAACGAGACCUGCUACAACAUGCUGGUUGACCGGGAUGCCGACCCAAACGCCAAGGACUCGUUUGGGAACAUGGUGCUGCACAUGAUCGUCGUCUGCGAUAAACAGGGCGAGGGUCAGUCGGAGGAGAUGUUCGGUUACGCGUUACGCCACCCGCGCUGUCCUGCCAGAAACGGCGAGCUGAAUGCCGCCGGUCUGACACCUCUCACACUCGCCUGUCGGCUGGCGCGCUCGGAGAUCUUCCGGGAGAUGCUGGAGCUGACCUGCGUCGAGUUCUGGCGCUACUCCAACAUCACCUGUUCGGCGUACCCGCUGAACGCACUGGACACCAUCGGACCGGACGGCAAGACAAACUGGAAUUCUGCUUUGAUGAUGAUUCUCAACGGCAAGAAGGACGAACAUCUGGACAUGCUGGAAGGCGGCAUCAUUCAGAGGCUUCUCGAGGAAAAGUGGCAGUCGUUUGCACGGGCGGAGUUUCUGCGGAAGCUGAUGAUCAUGAUGCUGCACCUGGUGUCCAUCUCUGUUGCGAUGUACCUGCGGCCAGAGUACGACCGUACCCUGCUCGGAACCCGGCCACAAGACAUCGGGCGCUACUGCUUCGAGGUGACCACCCUGCUCGGCUCGGCGUACUAUCUGAUAGUGCAGUCGGGCAGCGAGAUCAAGAACCAGGGGCUGGUGCCGUUCAUCAUACAGCUGUUCCACGACCCGAUCCAGCUGCUGUUCAACAUCUCCAACGCCAUCCUGCUGGGCUGCAUCCCGCUGCGUCUGCUCGACCUGAGAGCCGUCGAGGAACUGGUGCUCACCAUCGCCGUCGUCGGAUCCUGGUUCCACCUCAUGUUCUUCGCCGGAGCAAUUCAGCUGACCGGCCCCUUCGUGACCAUGAUCUUCAAGAUCAUCACCAACGACAUGGUCACCUUCUUCAUCAUCUACUCCAUAUUCUUGCUGGCCUUCUCGCAGGCGUUUUUCUUCCUCUACAAGGGCAGUCCCAACCGCGCCUCGUCCAAGUUCUCAAACUACAUUGACACCUGGAUGGGCCUCUUCCAUAUGACACUCGGCGACUAUGACUUCGGCGAGCUGUCCCGCAGCGCCUACGCGCCGCUGAUGCUCAUCACGUUCGUCCUGUUCAUGGUGCUGGUGCCCAUCCUGCUGCUCAACAUGCUGAUCGCCAUGAUGGGCAACACGUAUGCCACAGUGGUGCAGCAGAGCGAGAAGGAAUGGGUGAAACAGUGGGCCAACAUUGUCAUCACGCUGGAGCGGGGCAUCGGCAGCGACAAAUGCAAGGCCAACCUGGAGUCGUACUCGCUGCCCCUGCCGGGCGGGGACAAGAGACGCGGCGUGGUCGUCAUCAAGUCGAAAUCAAAGACCAGAGCCCGACAGCGCAAGGGAGCGCUCACCAACUGGAAGAGAGUUGGACGUGUGACUCUCAGAGCGCUCAAAAGACGCCGCAUAUCUGGCGAGACGCUGCGCAAGGAAAUGUGGGGACUCGAGUCCAUCCACACAACGCCAGUCAAAAACGCGAAGGGGCGCAAAGGUCGCCCGCCGGGUCCGCCCGCCAUCACCACGGGAGGCGCCGGAAUGCUGCACUCCCUCACCGGCGAGCCGUCGGCCCUGAACGGAGGUCUCACCUCUGCCCUCGACCAGCUGGCGCUCGCCUCGCCGCUCGGCGACCCCGCCGUGCCCGGCGUCGCCCUGAACGGCUGCUCGCCGGCCGCGCUGCUCGGCGGACUCGGCGACAACCUGCUCAGCGCCGCAUCGGCCUCGGCAGCGGCGCCCGGAGGGCAUAGAGGGCAAGAUAACCCGGCGUUUUCGCGCAGCGCCAGCUCAGAGGACGAGCUGCCGGCGCUGUUCGCACGCGCGGCCACCCGCAGCCCCUCGCCGCCGGCGCCGCUCAGCCCGCCGUCGCGCCGGCCGAGGGAUCUGCUCACGGUGCCCAGCGACCCGUUCGAGGGACAGGUUCUGGAGAGUUAUCGCCAGCUGAGGUCGGAGCGGCAGCGCGCCGCGGCCGCCGGGGCCGGCGGCGGGGUGCGACUGCCGCCGAUCGGGCGCGGCGGCGGACGCAGUGUGGCGCAGUGUCGGCCGGCGCUGGUGGAGGAGACACCUCCGGCAGCUCCGCGCCCCGAGGCCGUGUCGGCGCUCAACAGAGACCCCCUGACGCUGCAGGUGCCGCGGCUGGGCGGCCCGGCGCCCCCGGCCGAGCGCCGGCCGCCCGCGCCCACAGAGCUGACGCCGGCCGGCGGGGAGCUGGCAGCCAGCGCCGCGCAGGGUGACGCCGCGCACUGGGCGCUGGGCAGUGAGACGUCCUCUGCGCCCCAGCCCGGCCGGCAGGACCGACCCGAGGGCCGGCCGAACCGCCCCUCAUCAGCUGCCUUCACCAGGGGCCGCGGCAGAGUGCGCAACAUUAACGCCAUCGUGCCCUGGGACGAGGAACAGGUUUAGGGCCGGUGACGCUCCUACGGCGACGACGCCUAUCUGCAGAAAUGGUGACUGACAAAUUCACCUAUCAGCUGCGGAGGUAGUCCGUUCUUAGGACGAUCGAUGCAUUUAUAGAACUACUAGUUCGUAUCCAGAUUUACAAAGGUUGGUGGAUGACAGUGGGAGGAUUCCGCUAGCGUUCAAUGAGCAUUGUGUCUGGCACGGUUCAUUUCCUGCCUUGGCGGCGUAUGCUCUUACCCCAUCAACAUUAGUUUGGAUCUCCAGAACGUACGGCGCUGGAUACAUAUACUUCAAACGUGAAAUUACUCUUCAUCAUAGGGAACCGUUUAGCCUGUCCCCGUCCAGUAAGCGUAAGUCAAUCCCAAGCCGCUCGGAGAUGUGCCUGCCAUUUCACAUUUGUCAUACAUGUUGCGCUUGGUUGAGAGUACCUUACUACUGUUUAUUAGCAGAUAAGUGGCUGGUAUCGUUCGUAGCUGAUAAGCUCAGCUGGCCACUGGCCCGCUGAUGACCGAAAGCUUGUUGCCAUGCCAUGCAUUAUGACAAUACAUCUACAUUGAUAACAUGGAAAAAA